UAUACACAUAUGUAUGUAUAUAUUGGCAUAAAGAAAGGUAUAUUAAUAUAAUAAUAAUAAAAAGCCGGUUGCAAGAAAGGCGGUGCUAAGUGCGUGUGGGAUUCUGCCGGACGGACAUCAUCGUAGUGCGUGAGAUGCCGACGAGCCUCUUCACGGAGAUGGAGCGCGGGGGUAGCGGCGGAGGCGUGGUGACAAGCAAUGGUUCGUCCUCCCUCGAAGAGCAGCGGGCCCUUCAGCUCGCAUUCGAGCUCUCGAUGCUCGGACUUGACCAGAGUGCUGGGUCUAAUGGGCCGCAAGUCACCGGAGGCGUCGGCCCUGCGAGUGCCGGCGUCGUCGGCGUUGGGGGCGGUGGCGGUGGUGGCGGCGGCGGCGGCGGUGGUGUCGGCGGCGUCCAGGAUACGGACCCACUUCAGGCGGCGCCCAGCAGCGUCUUUGAGGAGGCGCGCUCGAAGAAGAGCCAGAACAUGACCGAGUGCGUGCCGGUGCCUAGCAGCGAGCACGUGGCCGAGAUCGUUGGCAGACAAGGCUGCAAGAUAAAGGCCCUACGCGCCAAGACCAACACCUACAUAAAGACACCAGUGCGGGGCGAGGAGCCCGUGUUUGUCGUAACGGGCCGUAAGGAGGAUGUUGCGCGAGCUAAACGUGAGAUACUCUCGGCAGCAGAGCACUUCUCCCAGAUUCGAGCCUCCCGUAAAUCCUCUCUGGGAGCCCUUCUCGGUGCCCCGCCCGGACCCCCGGCCUCGGUACCCGGGCACAUCACCAUCCAGGUGCGCGUCCCUUAUCGCGUGGUUGGCCUCGUAGUCGGACCCAAGGGCGCGACCAUCAAGCGCAUCCAGCAUCAAACACACACGUACAUUGUGACGCCGAGUCGGGACAAGGAGCCAGUGUUUGAGGUCACGGGAUUGCCGGAGAGCGUGGCCGCGGCGCGCAACGAGAUCCAGGCCCACAUCACCCAGCGAACGGGCGUCCUCCCAAUGUGUAUGCACGACGAUAAGGACCUUCUGGAGGCGCUAUGUCGCGGCGGUCUCGGCUCCAUCCUCGGUUGCCUGGACCCGCCGGGCGCCAAGGGCAGCAACGGCUCAAGCGGAGCGUUCUCUUCGAGCGGCAGCUGCAGCAGCUCGUCCUCGAGCAGCGGCGCCGCCGGUCUCAACGACCUUGUGGCUAUUUGGGGUGCGGGUCUCGAGCGGGACGAAGGCCUCGGCGAGUCGCCCUCGUUCGAGUCCCAGCCUGCCUCGGCCUCCUCCAUCUGGUCUUUCCCCGGGGUUGCGCUGCCCUCACGACCAUCGCCCCCGGCCUCGGCCUCCCCCGCCUCCCCAACGGACUCCCUCCUAGGUACGGGCAGCGGGGCGGGCAGUGGUAGCGCGGGCUCCGGUUCCGGAGUACGCGAGUGCGUCGUCUGCGGGGAUAAGGAUGUAACGACGGCCCUGGUGCCCUGUGGGCACAAGCACUUCUGCCUCGAGUGCGGGCACCGCAUCUGCAUGAGUUCCGAACCCAUGUGUCCCGUGUGCUCGAAGCCAGUGCUCCAGGCGUUGCGCAUCAUCAUCUAAGCUGCGGGCCGAGCAUUUAGGAAGCUCAGCGGAUUUCGCGGCCGAGUGCGGGCGAGUGCGAUUGUGCGCGGUUGUGCGCGGUUGUGCACGGCCGAGCAAGAAGAGCAGCACAAAGUUUUCAAUUCCGCUGCUGUCACUGCGGGAGACGCGAUCGGCGUGACGACCGCUUAUUUAUUAGGGGAUUAUUGUGUUUUCGAGCGGCUGGAGGUGAAAGGCCGCCAAACGGAAUAUACAACGAAUCGAUUUUAAAUGAACAUUAGCGUGACGCCGUCGAGAUCUGAUUUCGAGGAGCAUAGAAUAGUAGGAAGGAGCUGAUGAACAGACGAAUGUGGAAGCUUCGUGUUUUGUUAUUAUUUUUGUUUCAUGUUUUUUUUCUUUGUUUAUAUUAUAAACAGCGCGAUAUAUAUAUGUAAAGAUAAGAAAAUUGCGUAUAUAAUAUAUCGUGUGUGUAAGAUUGUCGACGACCACUAUUCUCGUUUUAUCAAGCUCUCGAUUCUUCAAUCGACGCUUUACUCCCUCUCUCUCCUCUCUCAUCGCUUUAUCAAUUUCUCUCUUUCCUCCCCUCUCUCUC